UGCAAUUGAAGGCCAGUGCCGAGAGACCCGAUCGCGCGCGGACGGGUGGCCCCCCUUGGACGGCGGCACGCCAUGGAGAACAAGCUUUCCAGGCACACCCGCCGCUGCCGGCCGAUGGCGAGCAGCCCGCGGCCGCGGAGAGCCCGGAACGACGUCAUCUGCCCUGGGCCGCGAUGGCAUCCAUCUUGAGCAGCCCGUUCCCCCCAACCUGCUCCUCAAACCCGCGUCGCGACGAGACGAGCAGAGACGAGCAGAGACGACGGAUUGAUUCAUUGAUUGAUACGCCCGGCACCCUGCCUGUCACUGCCACUGCCAUUGUCAUUGCCAGUUGCCAAUCCCGCCGCACCGCGCCCGCCUGUCCCAUUCGCGCGUGUGUGCCCAGCGUCGUCGUCGACGCGCCGCCGCCAUGGCCUCCAAGGACGAGCUGCCCGACUUUACCCUGAGCGACUAUGUCAAGUUCUUCGCCGCCGGCGCGCUGGCCGCCACGUCGACACACGGGGCCGCCACGCCCAUCGACGUCGUCAAGACGCGCAUCCAGGUCGACGACGCCAUGAAGGGCCUCAACAUGGUCAAGGCCGGGCGCACCAUCGUCGCCAAGGAGGGCGCGUCGGCGCUGCUGACGGGCUUCGGCCCCACGGCCGUCGGCUACCUCGUCCAGGGCGGCGCCAAGUUCGCCGGCUACGAGUUCUUCAAGAAGCGCUACAUCGGCCUGCUCGGGGGCCCCGCCGACGCCGUCCCGCACCGCACCGCCGUGUACCUGACGGCCAGCGCCUCGGCCGAGUUCUUCGCCGACAUCCUGCUCUGCCCGCUCGAGGCCACGCGCAUCCGCCUCGUCUCGCAGCGCGGCUACGCCUCGGGCCUGACGUCGGGCUUCAUGCGCAUGGCCCGCCAGGAGGGCCUCCGCGGCUUCUACUCGGGCUUCGUGCCCCUCCUCUUCAAGCAGGUGCCCUUUGCCGUCGGCCAGUUCUCCGUCCACGAGGCCGUCAACGAGCUCAUCUACCGCUCCAUGGGCCCCGAGCGCAAGGCCCGCCUGACCCGCCUCGAGUCCACCGGCGUCGAGCUGACCUCGGGCCUCGCCGCCGGCGCCGCUGCCGCCGUCCUCUCCCACCCGGCCGACACCCUGCUCUCCGCCAUCAACAAGGGCGCCGGCAACGCCAACGAGUCGGCCACGUACCGCAUGUGGCAGCUGGCCCGCGAGUUCGGCCCCCAGCGCCUGCUGCUGUCGGGCCUGGGCCCGCGACUCGUCAUGACCUGCGCCCUCGUCUCGGGCCAGUUUGUCAUCUACGCCCAGUGCAAGGCGCUGACGGGAGCCCCGCCGAGCAUAGAGAUUCACAAGGAGGCCUCGUUGUGAUGGCGGCGGCUGAAGCCAUCAAUGGACGGGUGAAUGUCGAAUACCUAGAGCAGAGCAGAGCAGAGCAGAGCAGAGCAGAGCAGUGCAGUGCGGCGCAAAAGUAGUAGACCCAACGCCGCCCGCCCGCCCGUGCGGCAAGCUCGUCGCGGGCAACGAUGCGACAUCGAAUAGACUUGAUGCAGCAAACCCCAUUGUCAUUCUUGGUGUUUGUGUGUGGGCGUGGCUGCCUAUUGACGCUGCCUAUUGAGCGACAUCCACUCCACGCAAGUUUGCCCUCGGUGCC